AUGGAUAACAGCACGGAGGUGAAUCAUUUCAUUCUCGUAGGAUUAACAGAUACCCCAGAGCUUCAAUUACCCCUAUUCAUAAUUUUCACUCUCAUUUACCUCAUCACUUUGGUGGGGAACCUGGGAAUUGUAGCCUUGAUCUUCUGGAACUCCCAUCUCCAUACUCCCAUGUACUUUUUCCUGAGUAACCUUUCCCUGGUAGAUUUUGGUUACUCCUCAACAAUUACACCCAAGGUGAUGGUUGGAUUCCUCACAGGAAACAAGUCCAUCUCCUAUAAUGGAUGUGCAACACAAAUGUUCUUCUUUGCAGCCUUUGCCACUAUUGAAAAUUAUCUCCUAGCCUCCAUGGCUUAUGAUCGCCAUGCAGCAGUGUGCAUGCCCUUACAUUACACAACCACCAUGACAUCAAGAGUAUGUGCUGGUUUAGUGGUGGGUGCCUUUAUCUAUGGUUCUUUGACCUCCUCCAUCCAAAUAGGAAAUACCUUCAGUCUUUCUUUCUGUAGUUCCAAUGUGGUCAAUCACUUUUUCUGUGACAUUCCCCCACUUCUGGCUCUCUCUUGUUCUGAUAUCCAUAAAAAUGAAUUAGUUCUCUUUAUCUUAGCAGGAUUCAAUGCCUUUUGUGCCCUUUUGGUCAUCUUGACUUCUUACUUAUUUAUCUUUAUUGCUAUCCUCAGAAUACGCUCCGUUGAGGGCCGUCAGAAAGCUUUCUCUACUUGUGCUUCCCACCUCUCAGUAGUGUCCAUAUUUUAUGGGACAAUUAUUUUCAUGUACUUACAACCAAGCUCUCAUCAUACCAUGGACACAGACAAAAUUGCAUCUGUUUUCUAUACAAUGAUCAUUCCUAUGUUGAACCCUCUGGUUUAUAGCUUGAGGAACAAAGAAGUGCAUAAUGCUUUCAAAAAAGUUACUGGGGGGCAAAAUAUUCAUUAA